CUACGUGAAGCUCCUACAAGCAGUGCUCGCUGCGCAAUCAUCUAGAACCGUCAAUUGGACGACAUCGACCCCUCCAACCAUGAUCUCCCGAUCGGCUCUCACGAGGGGAAGCCAGCUGGCCCUUCGCCGCCCUGCCGCUGCGAAGACGGCCCAGCGCGGCUUUGCUGCUGCUGCUUCUCCCGCGGCGUCAUACGAACCCACCACCAUCGCCGGCGUCAAGGUUGCCUCGCGCGACGAUUCCGGUCCGACCACCCGCCUCGCCGUCGUCGCGAAGGCCGGUACCAGAUACGAGCCGCUUCCCGGUCUGACCGUCGGUCUGGAGGAGUUUGCGUUCAAGAACACCAACAAGAGAACCGCCCUCCGUAUCGUCCGCGAGUCCGAGCUCCUCGGCGGCCAAUUGCAGGCCUACCACACCCGCGAGGCCCUCGUCCUCCAGGCCUCCUUCCUCCGCGAGGACCUCCCCUACUUCACCGAGCUCCUUGCCGAGGUCAUCUCCGAGACCAAGUACACCACCCACGAGUUCCACGAGCUCGUCGAGGACUGCAUCCACGCCAAGCAGGCCAAGCUCGACUCUGCCGCCGUCGCCCUCGAUGCCGCCCACAACGUCGCUUUCCACAACGGCCUCGGUUCUCCCCUCUACCCUACCGUCGACACCCCUACCUCGUCCUACCUCAACGAGAACUCGGUCGCCGCCUUCGCCAACCUCGCCUUCAACAAGGCCAACAUUGCCGUUGUCGCCGACGGUGCCAGCCAGGCCGGUCUCGAGAAGUGGGUUGAGCCCUUCUUCAAGGGUGUUCCGGCCACCAGCUCCGGCAACCUGAACACUGCCGCCUCCAAGUACUUUGGUGGUGAGCAGCGCGUUGCCAAGAACGGCAAGAACGCCAUCGUCAUUGGCUUCCCCGGUGCUGCUCUUGGCGCCAGCCAGCCCGAGACUUCCGUCCUCGUCGGUCUCCUCGGCGGUGCCUCCAACAUCAAGUGGUCCCCCGGUUUCAGCCUCCUCUCCAAGGCCACCGCCGCCAACCCCGGCGCCGAGGCCUUCGCCACCAACUACGCCUACUCCGAUGCUGGUCUCCUCGCCAUCCAGAUCUCCGGCAAGGGUGCCGCCGUCGGCAAGGUCGCCGUUGAGGCUGUCAAGGGUCUCAAGGCUAUCGCUGCUGGUGGUGUCUCCAAGGAGGACCUCACCAAGGCUAUCGCCAAGGCCAAGUUCAACCUCCUCUCUGCCAGCGAGGUUUCCGGCACUGGUCUCGUUCACGCCGGUGCCAACCUUCUUGCCGGUGGCAAGCCCCUCCAGGUUGCCGAGACUCUCAAGGCUCUUGAGGGCGUUACCGCUGAGAAGCUCCAGGCUGCUGCCAAGAAGCUCCUUGAGGGCAAGGCCUCCGUUUCCGCCGUCGGUGACCUCCACGUCCUUCCCUACGCUGAGGAUCUCGGUCUCAAGGUAUAGACGUAGACUAGACUUUGGAGGCGCAGAGCGGGUUGUGCAAUUCGUAGUUAAUUGAAAGAGGAAAUACCUAAACGCGAAACGAACCGAUUGAAACUGGAAAGGCGUGGAACUUUUUGAGAAGAUGUCAGGAUUGGGAAACAAAAAAAACCGUGUACCAACAGCAAAACCGGCCGGGAUGAAGUGUUGUAGACUUUCGUGUAAAGCGGGAGAUGAAGAACGGCUGGGGACCGACGACUUUUGUGCAUAUAUAAACCUCUAGACUUAUCACUCCUCGCCACUACUUCGCUAGCAGAGCUAUACAAAUGCAGCAGGCAUUAUUUCUUUUGUUGA